ACCUUGAAUGCAGUAGUUACGUAAUAAAGCCAUUCCUAUAUUUAUCAACCGAAAUUAAGCUAUCAUUUAUAUUAAGAAGUGUGAUACCAUGAGUUUGAAAGUAUUCUCCCGUGUUAUUCAACGGUUCAACCGGAAGUCUAUCCUCGUAGCAGUUCAUCCGGACAAUAAUGCAGUUUCCAAUCUUUCCACCAGCACUGAUAAAAAUAUAUUAAGUGAUUCCAGCUCUUUGAUUCCUUCAAAAUGCGACGUAUGCAUUAUUGGAGGAGGAGUGAUGGGACUAUCUACUGCUUAUUGGUUGAAAAGGCAUGAAGCUGGAAAAAACAUGAAAGUUGUUGUUUUGGAAAGAGAUUCAAAGUACACAAAAGCAUCUUCGGUAUUAUCCAUGGGGGGAAUUCGACAGCAGUUUUCCCUUCAAGAAAAUAUUGAGCUAUCGCUAUUUGGAGCAGAUUUCUUGCGACAAUCGGACGAGUUUUUGGGGCUUGAUCAACAAAAUGCAGACGUUCAGUACCAUCCUUGUGGCUAUCUAUUUUUGACCACCACCUCGGAUGGAGCACAGCUCCUACAUGAUAAUUAUACACUGCAAAAGAAAUUAGGAUCAAAGGUAGAAUUGCUGUCAAGACAAAAGCUAAAGGAAAAGUUUCCGUUCUUCAAUGUUGAUGACAUAGAAUUGGGAAGUCUUGGACUAGAUAAUGAAGGAUGGUUUGACCCUUGGUCUUUACUCAAUGGAUUUAAACGAAAAGCAAUUUCGCUGGGGGUGGAAUAUAUCCAAGCUGAUGUUUGCAAAUUUGAUUACAAAUCGCAAACAGAAAAUUCAACUGCAGGGCCAAAUUCUGUCGUUAUUCAAACUGCGGAUGGAAAACUUAAAAGCUUGGAAUUUUCACAUUGCGUGAUUGCUGCAGGUUAUGAAUCUGGGCGCGUUUCAGCAUUAGCUGGAAUAGGAAAUGGGUCAGGAUUAUUAGGUCAUUCGCUUCCAGUUGAGCCAAAAAAACGAUACGUUUAUUUUGUGCACGCACCGGAUGCGCCAGACACUGGCUUUCCCAUGUUAAUUGAUUCGACUGGCACUUAUGCGAGACGGGAAGGAAGUGCAGGCCAUUUUCUAUGUGGACUUUCGCCAACUGAAGAGGAGGAACCACCUGUCGACAACUUGGACGUGGACUAUGGAUAUUUCGAUGCCCAAGUUUGGCCAAAUCUAGCACAUCGAGUUCCAUCCAUGGGGAAUCUUAAGGUCAAAUCUGGAUGGGGAGGAUAUUACGAUUACAAUACAUUCGAUCAAAACGGAAUAAUUGGAACACAUCCAGUGUUUCAAAAUUUUCAUUUUGCCACGGGGUUCAGCGGACACGGAAUUCAACAAUCCCCUGCUGUAGGUCGUGCAAUGAUGGAGUUGAUUCUGUAUGGAAAAUUCAAAUCAAUAGACUUGCAACGUUUCGGGUUUGAGAGAUUUAUUGACGGGAGGCAAGUUUUGGAACAAAAUAUCGUUUGAAGGGUCUCAGUAAAGACAUGCGUGCGCUAAUAAAAUUAUAUUGCUGGUGCAAAUGCAUUACAUGAAA